GCGGGCCGCGGGGGAAGGGGUGGACGGCCAGGGGUCGCGUGGGUAAGAUAUCGGGGUAGCCCCUUCUCUGCUCGGGCCGGACAAGGACCCCUCGCGACCCCCGUGCCUCUCACGACGCCCAUCCGCUCCUGCCCGCAUGGCGGAUAAGAAACUCGUGGUGGUGUUCGGAGCCACAGGUGCCCAGGGGGGCUCGGUGGCUCGGACUCUGCUGGAAGAUGGGACAUUCACGGUCCGAGUGGUGACCCGGGAUCCUGGGCAGCACGCUGCGAAGGCACUGAGGCUGCAAGGUGCAGAAGUGGUACAGGGAGACCAGAAUGACCAGGCCAGCAUGGAGCUGGCCCUGACCGGGGCCUACGCCACCUUCAUCGUGACCAACUACUGGGAGAACCUCAGCCAGGAGCAGGAGGUUAAGCAGGGAAAGCUGCUGGCCGACCUGGCCAAACGCCUGGGCCUCCGCUACGUGGUCUACAGUGGCCUGGAGAAUAUCCAGAAGCUAACGGGUGGGAAGCUGUGCGUCGGCCACUUUGAUGGCAAAGGCCAGGUGGAGGAGUACUUCCGGGCCAUUGGCGUUCCCAUGAUCAGCGUGCGGCUACCUUGCUACUUUGAGAACCUCUUAUCGUAUUUCCUACCCAAGAAAGCACCGGAUGGAAAGAGCUACCUGCUGAGCCUCCCCAUGGGCGACAUCCCCAUGGACGGCAUGGCUGUGGCAGACCUGGGCCCAGUGGUGCUCAGCUUGCUGAAGGCCCCCGAAGAAUACGUUGGCCAGGACAUUGGGCUCAGUACCUGCAGGCACACCCCAGCAGAGUAUGCAGCCCUCCUGUCUAAGCAUCUCGGCAAGGCUGUGCAUGAUGCCAAGACGACUCCGGAGGAAUAUGAGAAGCUUGGCUUCCCGGGGGCCCAGGACCUGGCCAACAUGUUCCGUUUCUACGCCCUGAAACCCGACCGCAACAUUGGAUUGACCCUGAGACUCAACCCCAGGGCCAGGACCCUGGACCAGUGGCUGGAGCAGCACAAAGGGGACUUUUCCCAGCUGUGACAAACCUGGGGGCGGGGAGUGGGGAGCACAGGGUCAAGAGGAUUGUUGUGUGCUGAUUUUUUUCUUUUUAAAAAAAUAAAGGCUAUUGUUCUUACAGA